UUAACGGAAAAAACCAAAAGCUUGGCCACGUAAUCAAAGAUGAACACGUGGAGCAUUGUCAAAACCGGAGAGCAGCCUGAAAUCGUGUGCCUUCCCUCACCGGAUUUUCUCUUUCCUCUAUUCUCUCAUCCCGUCGACGACGACGACGAGAAGAAGCCGUUUCGUUGAUUCAACGUUCAGGUUGCGGUCAGCCAUGGAUUUCUGGAACAAAGCUCGAAGUUUCGCCGAGGAAGCUGCGAAGCGCUCGCAGGAGCUAACUCUUGAAGCUGCAAGGCGUUCCCAAGAGCUCACCAUCGGAUCCUCUAGAUUGUCCGACAUCGUUUCUGAAACUGCUAAACGCUCCAAGGAAUUCGCUACUGAGGCCUCCAAACGAGCUGAUCAAAUCAAAGCGGAAGCUGUUAAGCGAGCCGAUCUCAUCAAGCACUUGGUCGAGAGGACUCCGCCGUCCGGCGUCCUUGAGAAGAAGGCUUCAGAUGAAGAGACGCGGGAAGAGGAUUUGCAGAGGUUUGGUAUAAACGAAGAGCUGAGAGACUUCGUUAAAGGCAUCACUAUGAGUACAUUUCGGGAUUUUCCACUCGAAGAUGAUUCAGAAAUGUCCAAUGUCCCCACAGUCUCAAAUAUCAGUCAGGAUUUAACUGAGUGGCAGGCGAAGCAUGCAAGUCUUGUUCUUUCAACUGUCAAGGAAAUUUCUAAGUUACGUUAUGAAUUAUGUCCACGCAUUAUGAAGGAGAGAAAAUUCUGGAGGAUUUACUUUUUACUGGUGAACAGGCAUAUUGCACCCUAUGAGAAAAAGUACGUGGAGGGCGUCGUGCUGAAAUCAGAUAAACCAGUUGAAGAUGGAAUGAUGGAACCUGUUAAAGCUGAAAUAACAUCUACAUCUCAGGAGAAGAAAACUGCUCCAACCUCCUCAUCAAGUGACCAAGACUUGGAUGUAUUUCUUCUUGGAGAUCUUGGAGACAGUGAUGAAGGUCCAGAUGAUGGAGAUGAUGACGGCUUUGAUGAUGAUUUUGACAAAAUGGUUGACACUUCGGAUGACGAGGAAGACAAAUUGUAGGAGACAGGUGCAGGAGUGUUUUCACAUCGAAUAGUUGUUUUCUCAUCCUUUUGAACUCGUCUUUUCCCAUCCUUGGUGUUGGUGGCAGGGUUCGGUUCGGUGGGCUACUAAAUGAUGAUCCAAUUAAAACCCAUUUGAAGUUCUAUCACUUCACUUGACCCAGCUUUAGUGCUUAUGCAUUUAAACUUGUGCUGGAGAAAGCGUUAUCUUAUGUUCAUUAUUACCCCCCUUCUCUUAGGGAGGUUCCUAUGUACAAAAGACCCCUCUAUUCUUGGAACUUAAGAGUUGAUCUUGUAUAGGACUCGUCAAUUCAACUAUUCACAUUUUUGUCCUUUGUAGACCUCUCGAUUCCAAACUUUUAGUUUUGUGUAUAUUUAGCCUUUCAACUUUCAUUGUCGAAAUUUAGGAAUGUUUGAUUUGUUUCUGACUUUUAAUUUUAUAUCCAUCUAGUGAUUUGGCUCGAA